AUGUUUGGCUUGGGAAGAGUCUCAUCUUUUGAAGAUGACGUUCCAGGAACCAUUAAUUUGGUUGAUAUGGAAGGCCUGCUAGAUGUAGAAAAAGGGGCCAACGGUAAUAUUAUCUUACAUCCUCCACCCAGCAGUGAUAUCAAUGAUCCGUUAAGAUGGCUGACGUGGAAAAAAGAAUACCAGCUAAUUUUGCUCACGUUUUGGGGCUUCAUGCAAUCGGUUUCCACCAUCUGGAGUGGUCCUAUAUGGGAUCUCUGGGUGGACUUGUUUGGGUGUACUUAUAAUGAGCUCAACAUUAUGAGUGGAUUGUGUUUUGUAUUCAUAGCCUUGGGGUGUGUGAUGCUCCAACCAUGUGCUUUGAAACUUGGAAAGCGAUUCGUGUACUUGAUUUGUACCGUAUUCCAAAUCGUUGGCAACGUUAUAUACGCCAAAGCUACCGGCGUAAACCACCUCUAUGCUGCAUCUGCUCUUGUUGGUUUUGGUUCGGCACCAAUGUACUCAUUGAUCGAGAUUUUAGUUAUGGAUUUUUACUUUCAGCAUCAAAGAGCCUCGAAAGUGUCAUACGUUGUAUUUGCACUUUUGGGUGGUGUUGCUUUGGGUCCAUUGGCCGCAGGCUACGUUACUGAUGGACUCGGCUGGGAAUGGUGUCCUUACAUCAUGGUGAUAAUUUUCAGUGUGAUAUUUAUCGUGCAAGUUUUCUCUAUGGAAGAUACGACAUUUAGAAGGGUAGAGUCCCCCGAUGAUUUCCAAUCCACCAUAUUAGAACAAAUCAAAAGUCGUGAAAGCCAGCAUUUAGAGUUGGGUAAAAGCCAUCCUUCCCAGGUGGAAGUGGAGCUGAACAACGACGACGACAAUUCCUCCAUAGACCAAUCGAUUCCUAAAAGACCAUAUUGGAAUCGAAUGAACAUUUUUUCCUUGGCCCACGCAGACCCUAGAAGCUGGCUCUGGGUCAUGUUCAAGCCAUUUUUCCUAGUGUCAUUUCCCGCAGUGGUAUGGUGUGGCAUUCUUCAAGCUGUGCAGCAGAUGUGGCUCACCUUGAUCAACAGUACUCAAGCGCAAUUGUUCUCUGAGCCUCCUUACAACUUUGGGAACUCGGCUAUUGGUCUCACAAACUUGGCUCUAUUUGUGGGUAUUGUCUUGGGUUUAUUGUACGGAGGUUGGUUUGUGGAUAAGAUUACUCUCUAUCUUUCCAGAAAGAACAAUGGUAUCAUGGAGCCAGAAUUCCGGUUAUGGAACAUGAUUAUACCUGUGGCAAUCAAUCUUUGCGGGCUUUUAGCAUACGGCUUGGGAUUCCUGAAUAAAGCUCAUUGGGCCGUGCCAGCCAUAUUGGGUCAAGGCUGUCUUGGAUUUUCCAUGGCUGCAAUCACCGGCAUUGCCUACACAUAUUGCACGGACAGUUAUCCAAAUCUCGUGGGAGAAGGAAUUGUCUUGAUUUCAUUCAUCAAUAAUGCCGUGGCAACUGUGUUCACUUUUCUCAUCAGCGACUGGAUGGAUAGAGACGGACUUGUGUUCAUGACAUGGAUGAUGUUUUUGAUUGCAUUGGUGGUUAAUGGAUCGUUCUUGGCGUUCACCAUCUGGGGAAAGCUGUCUCGGCGGAUGACUAAACAGCUCUAUUACAAGAUCUGUGAUCUAGGAGAGGUUCAAUAG